AUGGAUUCGCCCGGGACGCCGCCGCCGCCCGGGCCUCCCUUCGGGAUAAAGCGCCCAGGCGAGGCGUCACCCGCCGGGCCGGAGGCCAAGCGCCGGCGCGGCUCGACUCCCGGCUGCCCCCCUUCCGCCCCCUCCGGGCCAUCCAGCGGCCCCGGUGACCUGCCGUCAAGCCCCCCCGGGCCGGGCGGGUCCUUCGGGCCGGCGACCAGCCCCGCACGCCCGCCGCCCUGGCUGACCCCUCGUCGGGGAUCGGGCACGGACACCGCCCGAUCCAGCCCGGGCGUCUUCUUUCCGGCGGGGGCCAUCACCGGGCAGCCUCGCGGGCCGGCGCCGCCUGGCCCGGCCCCUGGUCACCGGCCUCCCUCGCCCGAGCCGGAGACCGCGGCCCUGAUGGGUCGCCUGGCGCGCGGGUCGGUCACCCUCAUGGCCGGGCCGCUGGUUGGCGCCUGGCCGGACGAGCUGCUGGCCAUGGCCGACUCCCCGAACCCGGCCCUCCUGGAUGCCACGGCGGCAUCGGCCCAAACGCUGUCGGACAUUCAGCGGAUCCGCGCAAUGCGACAACACUCAAACUCCCUCAACCACAUGCUGGCCUCGAGCUCCUCCCUGGGCCCGGAUGUCUUCUCGUCGGAUGGCCCGGACCCGCCAGCCACCGACCCGGAGGAUCUUCUCCCCCGGAGUUUGGCCGGGCCGGCGGGCUUUGACGAGCGCCCGGCCCUCAGCACGGCCUGGGCCCCGGCCUCGCCGCCGACCGAGCGCCGGGCCCCGGUGGCCGGGUCCGUCGGCCCGGCGAUGGGCCCCUCCGCCGGGUGGGCCUCCCGGCCGGGGGAUUCCGGCCCGCGGCCACCCCCGGCGGUCGAACCCGUUCUCAUGCUCCAUGCUUCGGGGAUUGGGAACGACUACUACCGGUCCGUCAUGUCCUGGGAGCCGUCGGAGCUGCUGGCAGUCGGGCUGGAGUCGAUGAUCUUCGUACACGGUGUCCACUCGACGCGCAGCACGCAGCUCUUCUCGCAGGCAGCCCUGCCGCGCUGGUCGCCGGGGCUCCUGCCACACCAUGCGCGCACGAUCUCCGCCGUGGCCUGGGGCGAUGCGACCACCCUGGCCGCGGCCACGAACUUCGGCGAGCUGGUCCUCCUGCGCUCGGAUCACCUGAACUCCAGCAUGGCCCUCCGCGGGCAGGCGGCCAUUUUGUCCUUCGGCCAGCCGCUGGACGGCCUGGUCGGGGCCCUGUCCUGGCGCGAUGCCGGGCUCCUGUCGCUCGGGAGCCACAAUGGGCGCAUUGCGUCGGUCGACCCGCGCGCCGGGGUCGGGCAGCCGGUUUUGCUGUUCGACCGCCACCGGCCGGGCUACUCGCCGGGCCCGGCGGCCAUCGGCAAUGGCGGCAGCCAGGCCGGCGGGCACGCGCUCACCGUGUGCAGCCUGGCCUGGUCGCCGUGCGGCCGGUGGCUGGCAAGCGGCGGCAGCGACCACCUGCUGUGCUUGUGGGACCCCCGGUGGCCGAGGCAGCCGGUGGCCCGAGUGGCCCGGCACCAGGCGGCUGUCGGGGCGCUGGCCUGGUGCUCGGCCGACAUGGUGAGCUCGAGUGCCGGGCCCCUGGGGCCCGGGCUGGCCGAUCGCCUGGCCCCGGGCACCGAGUCGGCCAGCCCCUCGGCCGAGGACGCGUGGCUGCGCUAUUGGGAGGGCCUUGCUGAGGCGGAGCAUCCGGGCCUGGCCGGCGGCCUGGCCGGGCCGGUGCUGGCCAGCGGCGGCGGCGCGGCCGACCGGUGCAUCCGCCUGUGGGAUGUCCUGCGGCCGGCGGCCGGGCUGGCGGCCGCGGCGACCCGGUGGCCCGGGCUGGCGGCCGAUCCCGGCCCGGCCGGCCAUGUGCGCGAGCUCUUUGCCCUGGACACCGGGUCCCAGGUGUGUGGCCUGGCCUUCGAUCGGUCCACCCGGCAGCUGGUGUCGGCGCAUGGGUUCUCCUCCAACAGUCUCUCGGUGUGGGGGCUUCGGCCGGGGGUGCGCCGGCGCCCGGGGGCACGGGUCCCGGUGCCUGGCGACCCGGGCUGGGCCCCGGCCGCGCUGGCCGGCGUGCCGCGCCCGGUGCCGGUUGUGCUGGACCCGGUGACCGGCCGCCCGGUCGGCCGGGGGGCCCUGCUGGGGACGCUGCACCGGCUGGAUCCGAGCCGGUUCCCGGCGCCGCCGGGCCCCGCCGGGUGGACGGCCGCUGCCCCGCUGGCGGGGCUCGGCCAGCCCAGCCCCCACCCCUCGUUGGACCACCACUUUGAGGUGGCCCCGGCCCAUGGAGACCGGGUCCUGCACCUGGCCCUGGCCGGGGAUGGCCGGCACUUCGCCACGGCCUCCUUCGAUCGGAGCAUCCGCCUGUGGGAUUGCCUGGAUGUGGCGGCCCGCGAGGGGGCGGCCGGCCGGGCCGACGCCCGUGCCGGCCAUGGCCACACCCACCUCCCGGCGCACCAUGGGGGGGCGGCUCCAUUCCGGUCAUCGGGCUCGGUGGACAUCGGCGUCGGUCGGGGCAGCCCGCUGCCGCCGCCGCCGCCACCGGCGCUGGACCCGGCGGCCGGGACCCCGGCCUCCCGCCACCGCCGCCGGUAUUUGAGUGUCCCGCGGCCGGCCCCAGCCGCCGAGGUGCUUUUCUUCCCGGCAACGCCCUCUCCCCCGCGACGGCAGGAUCCCCAUCAGCCGCCGCAGCAGCCGCAGCCGCAGCAGCCGCAGCAUCACCCCGAUGGGCUGACGCCCACCGGGGAGGACGCUGGCGGGUCCGGCCGGGCGUCCGCCAGCCCGGCCACACCAGCUCGCCCGCGCAGCGCCCACCCCGGCCAUGCACCGGCCCCCCACUCGGCCAGCAGCGACGAGGAGCACCCGGCCCUGGCGGCCGGCAGUCCCGAGCCCUGGACCCCGAGCACCACCGGGGCGCUGCUGCUGCCGCAGCCACCGGCGUCGCCAGCCUCGCUUGGCCAGCCCCCGGGGUCGGGCCCGGGGCAGGCGCUCGGCCCCGGGCGUCGACCCCGCCACAUGCUCGUGGCCACGGUCGGCCCCGGGCCCACGCUCGAGGCCCCCUCGGCCGAGCGCCUUGAUCGGCCCGAGGCGUCCGGCUCGCCGCUUUCCUCGUCCAGUUGGCGGUCCGGGCUCAUCCGCUCGGAGUUGCGCCACCUGCAAUUCCGCUAG